UGUCAGUCCUUAUAUUUUUAUUUUUUUAGAAUUAUGGCCUGGAUGUCAGUCCUUAAUUGCCGCGCUAUAGUGAAGUACCGAUUGUUAGGCUGCACUCGCAUAAGCCUCAUCAUCGGUUAACAUCUUAUCACUACGAAAUUUCAGAUUCCUACUUAAAAAACUAUGUCAUUCCCGAUAUAAAGUUUCAAUCCCUUUUUAACCUUGUAUGGCUUGAAUUUUCAAAAAUGCUAAUCUCGUACCCAAGAAGGCAAUUGUAGAGUUUUGUUAUGCAUAGUUUCGAUUCCUUUUAUUUUCGCUUUAGGCUAACGGGAAACCCAGCUAGUCCACCGCUGCCAAAUAAUUCAACUAGGUAUCUGGGAAUACCUAGUGUUUACUAACUGACUUAUACAGACUUAUCUUUGCGGGUGUAAACGGCGCGCAAGCAGCUUUGCCUUAAGCUAAAUGCGCCGCGGUCAUAUAGUUCGGGAUUUGCCCGCGUGUAUAGAUAAGUAUGUGUUUUUUUUCUGUGCAUGAUUUUGGUUGUAGCUAUAGGUACAGACAUAAGUGUAUCUAGCUAGAUAUAGCACUGCUUAUGUCUGAGCUAUUUUGACCGCGCCAGUCGUCCUUUGGCAGUUAGUGAUUAAGAACGUGGUUGUUUUUAAGAUUUGUGUUCUUGAUAUUCGUGAGUGUUUUUCUUCUCAAUUAUUUUAUAAUUUCGUUCACCGUUUCUCAUACAUACUUAAAGGGAAUGUAUGUGUUUAAAGUCAUUUUUGAUAAAACAUAGUUGAAGGUUUGCCGAUGGUCCUGGGUUCAAAAGCCGAUAUUCCGUACAACACAGGAUCAAUUGUGAUAACAUUGGGCGUCAAAUCGAAAGAAAAUUUGAUUUCUGUAACUGAAACACAACAAGAUGGAUGUCACAAAUAUGACAUUGCCAGACUUAAGAAUGUGUUGUUUCUGUAUAUCUCUCAAGGCUGGUAUUUUGACUUGGGGUUAUAUUAAUGUGAUUUACCAUGCCGUGCUCUUUAUCAUAUUAUGCUCAGAAUUUAAGUUUAUACUUAUUGUAGCAAUGUUGUACAUCCGUGAAGGAAAUCGGGAUCCAGUGAUGGAUCAUUUUUUUGCAAAUUAUGUGACAUCACUGAUACUGUUGUUCAGUUUUACUGUGUACAAUGUGUUCCUCGUUUUGGCUAGUCAUAAGAAUAGCGUAAAAAUGCUAAACAUUUUAUUCAAAGUUGGUGCGUUACUGUGGAUAUUCAAGUUUCUGUAUUGCAGUGUAUAUCUGGGUUACCAUCUGAUGGCUGCGAUUUUCAGAGACACUGAGCAUAAGACCGAUCCAGUAACUGUACGACUUAAAUUAUUCCUGGUAUUGGUCAUAUUAGAACCAGUUCUUCAACUGUACGGCUUCCUACUAAUACGCAGUUUUAUGUUGAAGAUACGAGGAGAGAACCAUAGCGUUGGAUAUAUUAAUAUUAAUCAAAACUUUGAUGUGGAGAUAGACCGCGAACCACUAAUUAUUCAACCUACUACACCCAUAGUAAAACCUGAACCCAAUGUGGAAUCAAUUAAAAUGGACAUGUCCGAUUUUUAUUAAGUAAUUACGUAUGGUGUUCCAGACCUUUGGGAGGCGUGCGCGGAACCCAACACGUAGAGGCCCUCGUAACACUUUAAUCAAAUGUAAAGGGUACGCCGAGCGGAUGCUGCCCUUGCCCGUGUCAUGGGACGCACGCAGAGGUAGCACCCGCAAGGGUGUUAAGAUGUGUAAAAUCCUGUACCUACUUAUUACUGUAAAGAGGUUCGAUAUUAUGUCUAUUUAACAUCACUUUAGUGUGCAUGUCAAACUAGUGUCUACGCCAAUUCUGGGGAUUAGUUGUCAAGCGGACCCCCAGGCUCCCAUGAGCCGUGGCAAAAUGCCGGGACAACGCGAGGAAGAUAAUGAUCACUUUAGCGUGCGUGUCCCGAGUUAGCACACGUACCUACAUAUGAUUAUUAUGUUAUAAUGUAAUUAAGAGGGAAGUAGGUAUACCACAUGAAUCGUGAUCGUCCAUAGAAAAAGAGAAAACGUUUUUCCACUUCUAAAUAUUUUCCAUUCUCCAUGAUUUUUGCGUAUGUUAUUGACGCAAUGAAGAACUAGGUCUAUAGGUUAUCCUUUAUUUCAAAAUUAGCAAUACAAAAAACAAAAUUAACGCGAAACCUAUAAACUUAAAAUAUAUAUUAUGCUGAAACGAUCGACAUCAAAAUCAUAGUAAUUUGUUAAGAUUUAAUCAGUGAAAACCGUUUUCUCCUGAAAUAGAAUUUCAUAAAAAAAGUAACGUUAUUUCGUUAGGAUAGCAAGGCUAUUCUUCCCUCUUAAGUAUGCUUACGUAUAAGAAUAUCAGAUGAAAAUGUGAUUUUUUCUAAUAUAUUUUGUUAAUUUAUGUUCGGGUAUAAACGGUAAGAAUUUAUGUUUGAUAAUUCUCACCCCUUUACAUACCUAUGUAUGAUACCAAAUUUUAAGUUUAGUGUGAUUUAAAUUUUAAAUGAUAGAAGUGUAAGUAUUUAUCUAUAGGUGUCACACAAACAAAUGAUGUACUUCGGUAAUUUUUUUAUUAAAAUUAAAUUGUUUAAAGCAUA